CUGGAAGUUAUAAGUGCAAAGAGAAACAUCAACAGAGAUCACAAGUGACUACAAGUGAAACACAACCUUUGCAGAUUCACAUUCUUGAUCCCACUCCAAAACCAGACAUAAAGAUACAUCCAACUUUUGAGUUUUUCUACACUGAUGAGCGAAUUCACCUUGAUUGUAACAUGUCGGGUGAUGGUUGGGAAUAUCACUGGCACAAGGACUCAAAGCCGACACAACCUUCUAUCACAAAUACAAAUUACACCAUUGACUCAGCAUCUCUCCAUCACACCGGUGACUAUACGUGUGAAGCAAAGAGGGGUGACUUCUCAAUCUACAGUGAGCCGCUGAAAGUGGAAGUUCAAGCUCGUUCACCUGCUGUGCUGACGCUGGUCACUGAAUUAAGUGACAUCAUGGCUGGAAAUAUCCUGACAUUAAGCUGUGAGGUCUCAGAUGGUGAAGAAUGGAACUACACCUGGUGUGAGAACGGACAGGAGCUGAAUGAGUCUAUAAAUACAUUAAAAGUGGAAUCAACUGCAGAUACUAUAAAAAAUGAAUUUAAGUGCAGGGGGGAAAGGACAGCACGACCCCUGUACUCCUCUUGGAGUGAGGUGUUUGUAGCCAAGAAUAUUGUGUUCAAAAGAAAAAUACUGCUAGCCAUAUCAGGAUGUUUCGUCUGCUGUAUUGUUAUUCUGAUCAUUGGAUGCGUCAUACUAAAAAUCACCCGUAAACCAGAGAAGAAAGAGAAAGUACGUGAGGACUUGUUUAUCUCAAUGGCAGACUACGAGAACCCUACAUCACCCUUGAUGGAGUGCAUAAACAACAAGGCAACAGACAAAGAAUCAGGAGAAAAAGAAGAAUUGCAUCUGAAUCAUAUUUCAGUAACUCAUGUGGAUGGUGUCAUAAAAGAUGAAAAUUCACCACCAGCAGAUGCUAACGGCUUAACGUCUUUUAAAGGUCCUUAGAUAUUUGGUCAGCAAUCAAGAUCAGAAUGAACUUUCUCUUUUUGCACUAAGACAGCUAAAUGACAUGCAUAUUUUCCAUAAGCCUGCAUUACGUAUUACAGCAUAGCACUUUGUCUAACAGCAGUUGUACUGACAAACAAGCCUUUGUUUUGGGCCGUAAACUUUUGAAUUUAACUGCAAUGUUAUUCAGUAUAUAUGUGACAUAGGUAACAAAAUCCUGCCCAAGAGCGAGGUGAUCUUACAACAAAAAUAAAACACACAGACAGCAAUGUUGAUAACGUGCUCAGUGUUUACACAUUACUGUAUCUGUAUACACCUUGUCUGUUUUCUUUGUAAAACAUCGUUUUGUUAUUGUAAUUAAUUUGACCAUUUAUUAUUUCUGCUUUUGUA